AUGGACUACAUUGUGCCAUCUCUUGGAUGUUUAGAAAAAUCCGCUCAGUCCCAACUCGGAUCCAUUCAGAAGAAUCUGAAUCAGGGUGUCAAUUUGGACCUACUGAACAUUGAAGACCUUAACCUGGACCACCAAAUACCUCGGGGUCACCCAGAAAUUGUUUUUCUUCCCAAGACCAAUUUCCACAUCAUAUGUUCCCUCCCUGGUCACUUGAUCUACAAGCUUGGAGAUAUUGACAAGCAUGUUAUCGAGAGGUUUGAAAAGGAGGCAGUUGAAAUGAACAAGCGAUCCUUCAAGUAUGCCUGGGUGUUGGACAAACUGAAGGCGGAGCCCGGUAUCUCCAAGGAUGACCCUGCUAAGGAGGCAGCCAACUUCACCUCCCAGGUUGUCAUCAUGAACCACCCGGGUCAGAUCGGAAAUGGCUAUGCCCCUGUUCUGGACUGCCACACCUCCCACAUUGUUGUUGAGUUUGCUGAGAUACUGACCAAGAUUGACCGGCGAUCUGGCAAGGAGCUUGAGAAAGAGCCCAAGUUCUUGAAGAAUGGUGAUGCAGGGUUUGUUAAGAUGAUUCCCACCAAGCCCAUGGUGGUGGAGACUUUCUCCGAGUAUUCCCCCACUUGGUCGUUUUGCUGUUCGUGA